ACUUCGAUUACGCUCCAAUAUAGAAAAUAUAUGAGAAAACAAAAGAUUUAAACAUUAUAAACUAGAACAAGUAUAUAAAUAUAGCACUAGCAAAUAUUUCAUAGAACACACAUCAUCUUUCAAAUGGCUUCUCUAAACAAUCACAUCAAAAUCCAUGAACAAUGCAAAGUUGCUCCUCAUUCUUCAACCCAAUUAUCUCUUCCUCUCACUUUCUUUGACUUGAUUUGGCUAAGGUUCCAUCCAGUAGAACGCAUCUUCUUCUACACCCUCCCAAAUUCCGAAUCACACCCUUCUUUCUUCUUCCAUAAUCUUGUUCCAAAACUCAAAACCUCACUCUCUUUAACCCUCCAACACUUCCUUCCUUUAGCCGGUAAUAUCGUUUGGCCUUCUGAUUCUCCGAAACCAUUCAUCCAAUUCAAUCCAAACGACGAUGGAGUUUCUUUGCUCUUAGCUCAGUCUGAUGAUGAUAUAGACUUUAAUAAAAUCUUGGAGCACAAUUCACCACAUGAAGCUUCUUUGUCUCGUUCUUUUGUACCAAACUUAGAAUCAACUGAUUCUUUUGCUUCUAUUAUCUCAAUUCAAAUAACUCUUUUCCCCAAAAGUGGUUUUUCUAUUGGAAUAAGCACACACCAUGCUGUUCUUGAUGGAAAAUCUUCAACCAUGUUCGUCAAAGCUUGGGCUUCUAUAAGUAAAUCACUUGAAGAAACAAAAGCACCAACUUUGGAACCUUUUUUAGAACCCUUUUUGGAAAGGGAAGUAAUCAAAGAUCCAAAGGAUCUUGAGAAUGUUUUCAUAAAUACUUGGAACAGAAUCUCAUCACAUUUUGAUAGGAGCAAUGUAAGAAGCAUAAAGAUUAUGUCAAACAUGUUUCAACCAAUCAUUAAGGAUUCCGUUCGAGCCACGUUCGAGCUCACACGCACGGAUUUGGAGAAAUUAAACAAAAGUAUAUUGUCCAAAUGGAACAAUGUUGUAGAAGAAGCACAAGAACAAGAACAAGAACAUCCAAAGAAAUUAUCAAGUUUUGUUCUUACAUGUUCUUAUGUGUCUGUUUGCAUAGCAAAAGCGAUACAACAAUCCGAAAGCGAUAAAAGGCAGAAAUUUUCAUUUGGUUUUCCUGUUGAUUGUAGAGAUAGAUUAGAUCAUCCAAUUCCCGAAAACUAUUUCGGAAAUUGUGUAACUAAUCAUAUAGUUGAUACUGAGCCAGAGGAUUUUACAAAAGAAGAUGGUAUGGUGAUUGUUGCUAAGAAAAUUUAUGAUAAAAUAAAAAAAAUGGAUAAGGGUAGUGUUCUUGAUGGAUUAGAUACAUUGAUGUUUAAAUUAAUGGCUAUGUUUGGGGAAGGAGUUAAAGGAAUGGGAGUUGCUGGUUCAACAAGAUUUGGAGUAUAUGAGAUUGAUUUUGGUUUUGGAAAGCCUGAAAAAGUGGAGAUUACUUCAAUUGAUAGAGGAUUAACAAUUGGAUUAACAGAAAGAAAGGAUUUGAAAGGUGGUGUUGAAGUUGGACUUGUUCUUGAUAAGAAUGUGAUGGAUUUGUUUCAUACCAUUUUUCAUGAAGGCAUAUGUUUUGAUUCAUGAGGCAGCAGCAUGUAUGGAUUAAUGGACUUGUAUCUUUUUUAAUAAGCAAAUAUUUGCAUAGUUAUAAGUUUAACAUUAGUUUGUGUUUGUAUUUCAAUGAUUUAUAUUUCAUUUCUUUUGGCAAGUUCAUUUGCUUAAGAUAUCUCUAAUGAAAUUAUGGAUGAUCUAUAUAACAUAAACUUUUAAUCUAAUAGUAAAUUUUAUAAAAUUUAUAUUCG